AUGAGUGUUGAACGACAAUAUCACACAGCAUCCACAUUAACAAAUGGAUCAGUAUUAGUUGCUGGUGGAAUGGACAACAACGGUGAUUAUCUUAAUAGUGCUGAAUUGUACAAUCCAUCAACAGGCACUUGGACAAUCACAGGAAGUAUGAAUUUCGCACGAGAAGGACACACAGCAUCCACAUUAGCAAAUGGAUCCGUAUUAGUUACUGGUGGAAAUGACGGUAGUGGCUGUCUUAAUAGUGCUGAAUUGUACAAUCCAUUAACAGGCACUUGGACUAUUACAGGAAGCAUGAAUGACGGGCGAAGUUAUCACACAGCAUCGACAUUAGCAAAUGGAAAAGUAUUAGUUGCUAGUGGAUCCGACGGCAGCCCUAAUUCUCUUAAUAGUGCUGAAUUGUACAAUCCAUCAACAGGCGCUUGGACAAUUACAGGAAGCAUGAAUGUCGCACGAGAAGGACACACAUCGUCCACAUUAGCAAAUGGAUCAGUAUUAGUUACUGGUGGAAACGACGGCAGUAAUUCGGUUAUUAAUGCUGAAUUGUACAAUCUAUCAACAGACACUUGGACAAUCACAGGAAGCAUGAAUAUCGGGCGAAGUGGUCACACAGCAUCCACAUUAGCAAAUGGAAAAGUAUUAGUUACUGGUGGUGGAGACUUCAGCGUUGGUGCUACUUUUAAUAGUGCUGAAUUAUACAACCCAUCAACAGGCACUUGGACAACCACAGGAAGCAUGAGUAUUGUACGACAAAGUCACACAGCAUCCAGAUUAGUAAAUGGAUCAGUAUUAGUUACUGGUGGACAGGACAACAACUAUAAUUCUCUUAAUAGUGCUGAAUUGUACAAUCUCUCAACAGGUAAUUGGACAACUACAGCAAACAUGAAUGUCGGACGAUAUGGUCACAUAGCAUCCAUAUUAGCAAAUGCACAAGUAUUAGUUACUGGUGGAUGUAGCAAUGUUGGUCUCAAUAGCGCUGAGCUAUAUUAA